AUGGUUAUGAAAGGUGAAACGAUGAAAUGUGCUCUAUUUGUAACGUGGCUGGCGGGCAAAGUAGACGAGCACGCGCGUCUUAAAGACAACGGGGCAUAUUUGUCACUGAUGCUCAGGCUAGAGCGAGAGGUCCAAAUGUGGGUGUGUCUCCCUUCCAAGCUAGCUCAUCAGCUAGAGGCAUUGGACAGAUAUGUGGUUGUCCACCGUGUCACAACCAUAUUGAGACUAAUUGAUCCUUCUACUGCUCAGUUGGCAGAAGUUAGCAGUACUGUCUUCUGGCGAACACCUUUCAACUCUCUCUGCACCUCUAAGAAACUAACGGAGUUUGUUGUGAUGGACACAAAUGCAGCCGAUGUGAAACGAUUUAGUGGUCAGGGUCCAAUUUCUAAAAAGCACCAGGUAGCAGAGGUUUGGGUCCAACGAGCUAGUGAGCUUGGCUCGGAUAAUGUGAUCUUUUGCAGAACUCAUCUCGGUCACAUUCUCAAUCCAGGAGAUUCAGUUCUGGGCUUUGACCUUCGGUUGUCUAAUGUUAAUGAUACAAACAUAGACAAAAUAAAUCCAGAUUUGGUUCCUGAUGUUAUACUUGUGAAAAAAAUCUAUGCAGAUAAGGCUACACGAAACCGUCGUCGUCGUUGGAGGCUAAAACACCUUGGUCUUGACGAUGAUGCUCAUAGUCAGAAUAAGGAUUACACUGACUUCCUGGAGGAUCUGGAGGAAGAUCCACAGUAUCGCACAAAUGUCAAUAUUUACCGUGAUGUGACCAAGAUGGCUAGCGAUGACUGUGAAAGUGAGGCAGGUGAAAUUCCUCAAGUGAGCCUGGAAGAAAUGCUUGAUGAUCUGCACAUUGGGGACAGUCCAACUGGAGGAGAAGCAGCAGAGAUGAUGCAAUAAGUUGAUGGGGAAUAUCUUGGGUAGUAAAGGAAAAAAUCAGUUACCUUAAUUAUUAUAUUCAUAAGGAUGUGUGGGGGUGUUGCAAUUUGGAUGGUCAAUAGAGGUGUGAUUGUGCACUUCUUGCAAGACAGCUAUUUAAUAAGUGAUUGGGAUUGUGUCCCAAUCACUUAUUUAAUAGUUCACACCAAGGCAAGGUACUUGGGUACCCUGCCUUCGUGUGAAAAGAUAGAUCUGCUAAAUACACUGAAUACUUGCGUGAAUCAUUCAGAGCUGAUAAUUAACUUAUGACUGGUUUUAUUAAAUGGGGAUUUUAAUGUUAACAAGUGUUGUAUAUAUUGUUUACUAACAUUCACUAUACAUUUUUAUUUUAAUCAGGGGCAAGUGCUAAACUUAGAGGUUGUCGAGGUACCUGGGAAAUAGGAGGCACUUAGGUUCAAUGUAAGGAAGGGAAGGAUAGAGUUCCUUGGACUCAUUUGCAUCAAUUAUACCCUCAAUUUAAGAAACUAAUGGGGAAGCUGAUGGCUGGUAUUGCUGAUUGUGGCAAUUUUCAUUUUGCCAUCAUCACAAUAAUGUACAUGUCUCUAAUCAACACUGUCAUUUCCAAAUCGGUUAACCCAGGAGUUUUGUCCCAUAUUUCCAAGAUCUGUUAAAUCUUGGGUUUAUGGUGUCCUUCAGAGCUCUCCAAAAUUUUGAAAAUAAAUUUUAAGAAUGCUCUCCCAAAUUCACAAUAUGUUUUUAAUUUGAAAUUCUGUUUCAAAAUUGGAAUUUGUGUAUAACAUAUGUUGUAUAUCCAGCUGGACAUUUGUGUAUUAUGUCCACCUGAUUUUCCUGCUUUAAGCUUUUUUCUCUCAGGCCAGAGAAAAAAAAAUCACUAGCUGCUGGAUCAGCAGAGUGAAGGAAGGAUGCAGUUGUCUGUCAGUUAUUUUCACAGUGAAGAACAUAAUUCUCAUAUGAAAUGUAAACAUGCUAUACAGGGCACUGCUAGUAACCCUGCCAACACCACAUAUGGUAUUACUAGCAACCCUGAAAACCACCAAGUGCCCUACCAACAAGCAACACCACCAGCUCUUCUGCCAACCCUACAUGUGACACCACCAAGACUCCUGAGACCAAUACCCCUGCCAACAUUGUUACUCUUCUAGCUGCCCUGCCAACACAUGUGGCACCACCAGUUGUCUUGCCAACACAAAUUGUGAGCAUCAGCACCACCCCAGAUAACACCAGUUCUGCCAACAUCACGAGACCAGUAGCCCUACCAACAGCAAUUGUGGCACCACCAGCAUGCCUAAUACCACCAGUUACUGUGGCAACUCCGCAUGUGACACCAUCUGCUCUGCCAACUUCACAAAUUACCCUGGCAGCUGCCCUGCCAAUAUCACAUAUGGCACCACUAGUACCUUUGACACCAGUUACCCUGGCAACAUUACGUGUCACCACCAAGUGCCUUACUAGUAGAUUUUUUUUUUUUUUUCAACAAGUCGGCCGUCUCCCACCGUAGAUACAAUUGAAUAUUGCAGUUUAAAGGGAUAUCAUAGCUAUAAUGUCAGUUUGCCUCUGGUAAGAGUGAUGGUGAAAGUGGUUCUUUUUUUGAUUAUCCUGCCUCUGUGGGAGACAGCUGGUGUGUUAGUAUUUUCUUUUUUAAAGUUGUGUGAUAUAUUAUUAUUAUUAUUAUAAUCAAAAAGAAGCGCUAAGCCACAAGGGCUAUACAGCGCUGCUGUGUGAUAUAGAACUGUGCCUGUCUCUGUUUAAAGAUUAUUUCAUCUUGAAACAUUUGCAGUAUCAUAGUUCCCUAUUCUGAAUUAAAACUUAAAAUAAUCAUUAGAAAUAAACAAUAAUUAUUGGAAAAAAUUUGUAGCAGAUACUGAAAUUGUAGAUGUAAUGUUCUGUUCCCAGUUCAUAGUAAUAAAACAUGUUUUUUUUUUUUUUUUAAGUUAUUACCAUUACAGUGGUACCUUGACUUACGAUUUUAAUUCAUUCCAUGACAGAGCUCGUAACUCAGUUUGCUCUUACAUCAAAUCAGUUUUCCUCAUUGAAAUGCCAUUAAUCCGUUCCAGUGGAAUUCCUGGCUCUUGGGAGGCAGGAGAAAACACAGUGGAACCUCUACUUAUGAGUUUAAUCCAUUCCACGACCUCGCUCACAUCUCGAUUUGCUCGUUUGUCGAGUCAGUUUUUCUCAUUUAAAUUAAUUGAAAUGGAAUUAAUCCAUUCCAGUUGAAUUCCAGGCAAGACAUAAUACUUCAAUAUUUCCCUAAUAUCAACUUUACGGCUUAUUUAUCUAAUAUCACAAUUCAUCUAAUAUGACAAACAAUAUUAAUAACAUAGAAACAUGAUAUAUACACUAGAAUGAAUAAAAUAUUACAUAUGUAAGGAGUGGUAGUGUGCAGUGGCAACACAGCAGCCAUUGUGGUUGUUGGGGUCUAUAAGGGCCACCACAGAGUCGUGACUACAUACCUUCCCAUGCUCUUAUUAUAACAGAAAACGGAAUGUUUGUGAGGCAAACUGCAUUAGAUCACUACGUAGUUUCAUAAGGAAAAUAAUAAUAAUAAUAAUGUAAAGAAAUUAUGUAGUACUACAGCAUAUACUGUCAGUUCAUUUCGUGUCGUCCUUUUUCUAUCACAUAACUGUUACACUUUUAAUGUUACACUGUCACUCUUAAUGCUCUGUACACUUAAUUCCUACACUCCAUGGCAAUCACCCUCUUUUUCUUCUCGGCACGCUCCUGUGGACUUGCUUUCUUAGGACCCAUAGUUAGAAACAAGAUAUUUCGCAAAAUAACUACACGAAAUGUAAGAAAAACAUGAGAAUUCCUUCAACCUCGAUGCAAGCUCCGUUACAUGUGGACUGCUGAGCUUAGUUUCGAUAGGCACUGCCAUCAGUGGUGGCAUGCUCAAACUAAAUUAUUAUACGUAGUUCGUACGUACACGUUAUAAUUAUUAUUAUAGUGUUAUGUAUUAUACAUAUCAUUAUUAUUUAUUAGUACGUACGUAUGUAUUCAUAUAAUAAUACUCUUGCUUACCAUUUGGAAUUUUUAUUCACACAAAAAUUAGAAGAUUUACUGUUUUUCAGUCUACUGCAUUAUUGUAAUAAUUGUAUAAAUAAUGUCAACCCAUUCAUGAUUGCAUAUGAGACUGGCCAGGUGGACACACAUUGGAGGUGACCUCAUUUGUUUAAUCUUGAACAUUGGCAAAAAUCGAACAUUUCCGCUACUUUGAGCUUAAUUUCAAGGUACUUUUCGUUGUGAAAGCAAUCAAAAUCAUAUCCAUUUCUGUAACAUAUUUUCCAUUCUAUCAAAUGAGACCAAAAAAAAAAAAAAAAAACAAGAA